GUCCAGCCGAGCGCCUGAGGGCGGAGCCGAGCGCAGCUCCGGGGCGGGCACGGCGCGCCGAGGAGCCCGGCUAUAAUUCCACCUGCAGCCAUUUGCGUCGCGGCUUCGGCGGCUAGGCGACAGCGCGGAGCCCCGGCGACAGCGGCCGCCGCGCCUCUCUUUCUCUGACCAAAAGGAGUGGCGGCGCCCAAUGAACGGCAACGCCGGCGGCGAAGGCGGGAUGAUGAUGAUGAUGGAGGAGGAGGAGGAGGAGGCUAAAAUGAAUAACCAACGGGAAGCACUGCAGAGAAAGAAGAACGCAAUCUUAGUGGAUGGCGUAAUUUUAAACGGCCCAGUGGCAGAUGCAAAAGCAGGAGAGAAAUUUGUGGAAGAGGCCAGCAAGAUCAUAAUGGAGGAAGUGAUAAAGAAAGCUGCAGAUGUAACAGAAAAGGUGUGUGAGUGGCACCCUCCUGAAAAGCUGAAAACGAUGCUUGAUUUGGAAUUGAAAGACACCGGAGAGACCCAUCAGAGACUCCUGCAGUUUUGCCAGGAUAUUAUACGUUUCAGUGUCAAAACCAAUCACCCAAGAUUUUUUAAUCAGUUGUACGCUGGUAUUGAUUAUUACUCUUUAGCAGCGCGUUUCAUUACUGAAGCAUUAAACCCGAGUGUGUUACCCUUUACUCAGUGUCAUUAUUCCGUGAAGAAGGCAGCGUCGUUCUUGGGGAUCGGCACACAAAAUGUUUACUUUGUCAAAAGUGAUGAAAGAGGUAAGAUGAUACCUGAGGAACUGGAGAAACAAGUCCAGCGGGCAAGGAAAGAGGGUUCAGCACCAUUUUUUGUCAGCGCUACAGCUGGCACCACAGUUCUGGGAGCGUUUGAUCCUCUGGAUGAAAUUGCCGACAUCUGCGAGAAACAUGACCUUUGGCUGCAUGUUGAUGCAUCGUGGGGAGGCUCAGCUUUGCUGUCAAGGAAGCACCGCAAACUUCUGCAAGGCAUCCACAGGGCUAAUUCGGUGGCAUGGAAUCCUCAUAAGAUGCUAAUGGCAGGGAUCCAGUGUUGUGCCCUUCUGGUGAAAGACAGUUCUGACUUGCUUAAGCGCUGCUACUCUGCCAACGCGUCCUACCUGUUCCAGCAAGACAAGUUCUAUGACGUCAGCUACGACACAGGGGACAAAUCGAUCCAGUGUAGCAGAAGAGCAGAUGCGUUCAAGUUCUGGAUGACCUGGAAGGCCCUGGGCACAUCUGGCCUGGAGGAGAGAGUAAACAGAGCCCUUGCGUUAGCCAGAUACCUAGUGGAUGAAAUUAAGAAGAGAGAAGGAUUCCAGCUGCUGUUGGAGCCGGAGUAUGCAAAUAUUUGCUUCUGGUACAUUCCACCUAGUCUGAGAAACAUGGAAAAGGGGCAGGAGUUCUGGGAGAAGCUCAAUCGUGUUGCACCCAUCAUUAAAGAGAGAUUGAUGAAGAAAGGCAGCAUGAUGUUGGGCUACCAGCCGCAUCGUGGCAAAGUCAACUUCUUCCGCCAGGUCAUUAUCAGCCCCCAGGUGAGCCGAGAGGACAUGGACUUCCUGCUCGACGAGAUUGACUCACUAGGCAAAGACUUGUAGUUGAUGCUUCACAGUGCUAGGCUUUCCUUAGUUGUGCAGAGUUUACGGCAUUGUCGCCCAACCUGUGGCCUUCCAAAAUGUUGCUGGACUACAACUCCCAUAAUCUACGAGCAUCGUCCAUGCUGACCAGGGCUCGUGAGAGAUGGGGUCCGACAAUAUCUGGAAGGCCAAAGGUUAGCCACCCCCCUACCCAGUUUUCUGGGAGUAAGCCUCCUUGAACUCUAGGGGACUGAACUUUGAGUAGACAUGUCUAGGGUUGUACUGUAAGAAUGUUUGCGACAUGAAUGGUAUUAGACCAUGUAAUUCAUAGAUAAAUGCCCAGAUGGCUAAAGCCACUGCCAGGAACGCCUGGAGAAGUGGUGGUCAAUUCUUUGUAGCCUUGCUUGUAAUAAAGAGCUGGUGCUUUUCAAAACUAGACAUUUUGUGUCUAACGUUGAUAUGUCAUUGGCUGAUAACUGAAUGCUAAAAAUGGGCCCCCAUUAACUGCUAAAAUAUUGUUAUAAAUUAGUUAAAGUGAAUGGAGUUAAGCCAUCGCCAGGUUUAGAUCAGUGGGUAUUAAGUAAAAAAGUACCUUUAUAUGCAUUGUGAAGAUUAGAUGUUCAGGAUUGGUGGGCUCUACUUAUGCAAGAGGUUUUUUCUUCUUCUUAUGAACUAGGAAAUGAAGUGUUGUGCACUAAUUACCAUCCACCAUUUUUUCCUGGAAGCAUCCAAAAUGUUACAUACAAAAUACUGGGUUGGGGCAAGACUAAGUUAAUUUUACUUAGGUACCAUUAAAAUGGGGGGGGGGGAGUGGGUGAUGAUUUCAAUGGGAUCUAAGUUCAUCAAGUGUGAUUUAGUCUGAAUCCAUCCUAUUGUAAUUUACACGUCAUUCUUUUCUCUUUUUAUCUUGGGUCAGAGGGAUUGUACACAGUUUCUAAGACAGUUUGUAUUAAAUUUCGACUGCUAAAACAUCAGCAAGGUAUUUCUUAAGCAUUGUAGAGGCCUAUUGAAGUUAAAUAAAUUCCACAUGUGUAUGUGUGUGUAUAUAUCUCCUAGAGUUGUAUUUUUUUAUGCUGUGUGGCUAUUUAAGGUAAGGAUUACUGUAUUGAUUCAUCCACUGGUGUGUUUCUAAAGAUGUAAAAACUAUCAAAUUUCACUUGAGCAGAGUAUAAAUGGAGGGAUUACACUAAAAAAAUAAUAUAGGUGUGUAAUAAGUUGAAAUUUGUCCAUAAUAUUUAGAGACAUAGUUUUACAGUAAAAUACUUUUUGUGAAGCUGAAAAGACCCAUACUAGGUUUAAUCCAUUCUUUUCAAUUUGUUUAUUACAGUGUGUUUUAACCAAUUGCUUUGUAAUUCAUGGUCUUGUUCUUCCAUUGCUGUAUGUAGAAGUUUUGCUAUAUUUGCAGGCAUGGUGUAAUGAUUAAUUAUUAGAGAUCUGUAUUUUACCUUCUUCUGUGAGAUCUAUGUGAUGAUACGUAUAGUGCAUAACAAAUUGCCUAGAAGUGCUUUUUGUAGCAGCACAUUAUGUGCAAAAUAUGUGUGUUCUUAGUUGAAUCUUUGAAUAAAAAGGCAUUGAUAACUCUUAAAAACCAA